AUGGAAGAAUUACUGGCGCCCGCUCGACCAGUUCGAAGAUCAACGGGAGUCAAGGCAACUAAGACAGUGAGAUGUAUAGACGUGACAAAUGCACAAAAAGUAACGCCACUGACAUUGUGUACUAAAGUUGGACUUCAAAGCCUACGCAUCGGGAACCUUGGAGUAUUGCAGGAAAGAACAAAAUGUAUUCGUGUUAAUGAACGCUCUCCCGAAAGGACCUAUGUCAACGAUCGGAAGAUUAGAGACGCUGCCGCAUAUGUCUGGAAAAGCAAAAUUAGGGGAAUCGGAUACGGGAUGUGUUUCAACGGACAACCGCCGGACUAUAUCAGACAAAUAGAAGUAUUGUUGGUCUCCGUUCAAACAAAUCAACAAAAAACUGGAGUGCAAGUGUUACAGGUCUCUAACAAAAACGUCAUAUCUAUGGAGGAUGGCAGGCCUCAGCUCAUUCUGUCAGUGUUGUCGUCUUCGAGUAUUCCACCACAACAAAUUCAGCCAUAUAUUAACAUUAGUUAA